AUGGCUUCGCCUACGAAAGAGAAGUUUCCUCGUAUGAGCGAAGAAGUACAAACCAGUCACUCUAAAGAGUCCCCAGACUCCAAAAAUCCACAGACAGACGUCGGAAACGGCGAAGAAGCCAAGCGCCAGCCCGGUGAAGAUGGUUCUUCUCACGAGCGAGAUAACGACGAUGCUGCUUCGGAAAGAGACAAAGAAUUUGAAGAGGCGUCAGCCGUGGUGGCGAGACACGUCAAGUUGCUAAGAGAGUACAACAAAAUCAAGGACGUGGGACAGCAGUUGAUGGGUAUAGUUGCUGAGAAUAGAGGUGUUACGGUGGGCAGUCUGUAUGCCACGAGGGAGUUUGGUGUUGGUCCCAAGGAUUGA